AUGAGUCCGAUACGACUUGGGGGGCUGCUCGGCCAUGAGUCCAUAUUGAAAUUGAUAUUCCAGCAGAAAGAAAAUUGCGAUAUCGAUGAACCGGAUAGUAACGGUCGGACAGCACUAAUCUGGGCAAGUGAGUAUGGUCACGAGAAGGUAGUGCAGAUACUCCUCGACGCGGGUGCGGACAUUAACGCCCAAGACAAAUGGUAUACUACUGCACUCCAAGCAGCAUCAAAAGGUGGUCACGAGAAGACAGUGCAGAUACUUCUCGACGCGGGUGCGGAUGUUAACGCCCAAGGAGUAUACAUGAAUGCGCUUCAAGCAGCAUCAAAAGGUGGUCACGAGAAGACAGUGCAGAUACUUCUCGACGCGGGUGCGGAUGUUAACGCCCAAGGAGGAAAGUUUCGCACCGCACUUCAAGCAGCAUCAGAAAGAGGUCACGAGAAGAUAGUGCAGAUCCUUCUUGAUGCGGGUGCGGAUAUUAACGCCCAAGGAGGACCGUAUAAUACUGCACUUCAAGCAGCGUCAUAUCAUGGCGAGAAAGGGGUACAGAUACUCCUUAACAAGGGCGCGGAUGUCAAUGCUCAAGGAGGAUACGCUGGUAGUCCGCUCUCUGCAGCAUCAUUUUCUAGCAACGAGACGGUGGUGCAAAUGCUCCUUGACGCUGGAGCUGAUGUUAAUGCUCAAGGAGGAGAACUCGGUAAUGCACUUCAAGCAGCAGUAUCGUCAGAGGAUAGUGACGAGACGGUGGUGCAGAUACUCCUCGAUGCUGGACCUGAUGUUAACGCUCAAGGGGGAUUCUAUGGUAAUGCGCUUGAAGCAGCAUCUUAUCAUGGCAACGAGACGGUGGUGCAGAUACUCCUCGACGCUGGAGCGGAUGUUAACGCUCCAGGGAGACACUAUGGUAAUGCGCUUGAAGCAGCAUUAAAAGGCGGUCACGAGAAGGCGGUGCGGAUGCUACGUGAGAAGAUGCCAUAA